AGGAACAUUAUAAAAUUAGAUAAAAAAGGUAUAAAUAGGCAUUGAUCUAUAGAAGAGCACAUUCAAGUAGUUAAGUCCGCUUGAUAACAACGAAAAUGCGCGUCUUUUUGGUGGUGUGUCUGUCCCUGACAGUCGCCCUUGCGGCUGACUUACCAAAGCCCUACAGUCCGUUCUCGUUCGCGACCACUCGGCGGUACAAUUUGUUCUCCACGACCCCGUCGCCCUACUCCUUCAAGCCUAUUCGGUACUACACCACCGUAGCGCCGAAGUACGACGCUUCUGGCCGCGACAGCCUGGGCCGCUACGAUCCUAGCCGCUACGACAACUCUGGCAGAUACGUCCCUGACGACUCUGGAAAAUACAACGGCGACCGCGGUGACCGUGGUGGUGCCGGUGGUUUCUACACCGGAUCAGGAUCCGCGGGCGGUCCCGGUGGUGCUUACUCCGGAUCCGGAUCUGCUGGAGGUCCCGGCGGAGCUUACUCCGGUGCCGGAUCCGCGGGCGGUCCCGGCGGCGCUUACAACGGCAACGAUGAUGCUGGCCGCUACAAGCCUGAUGGCAGCGGUGCUUACAACGGUGACCGUGGAGACCGCGGCUCAGCCGGAGGUUUCUACACUGGUGACAAGUCCAGCGGCAGCGGAUCUGGUAGCGGCUCUGGUGUCUUAAGCGGCGCUGGUCUCGGAUCUGGUCUCUCAAGCGGACUAGGAUCCGGAGCUGCCUCUGGCGCCGGCAAGGUCUCCGCCUCCGUCGCUGGUUCAGGUUACGAAUACAAAUACGGUAUCAUCCGUCAGGAGGGUGAUGUUAACCCCGAAGGUUACCACUACCUCUAUGAAACCGAGAACAAGAUCCUCGCUGAGGAAGCCGGUAAACUGGAGCAGAUCGACAAUGAAAACCAGGGUAUCAGGGUUAAGGGAUUCUUCGAGUACGUCGGCCCCGAUGGUGUCACCUACAGAGUAGACUACACCGCCGAUGAGAAUGGAUUCGUGCCCUCAGGAGCCCACAUUCCCAAGUAAAUCUAGUCCAAUGGUUCCUCAUAAGUUUGGGGAUAUAAGUCUCUGCAUACUCUGUACCUGUUCUAAAUAAGUAUAAUAAAGAUGCUACUUGUUAC